GCGCGCUCGCCGAGCCGGCCGGCGGCGGGCGCGGGUGUGCUGCGGCACUGCGGUUCUGAGGCCGUUACCCCCGCUUCUCCAGAGGGCGGCGGCGGCGGUGGAGCGCCCGGGCGUCGCUGAGCCUCGGCAGCCGGAGAGGCUCGGGCAGCGGACGGUUAGGGGCGCGCGUCGGAGCCCCCGGCCCCGGGCAGGGCAAGGGGGCUGAAGCGUGCGCGAGGCCGCGGAGGGAUGGUGAGCGCCCGGCGCGGGGCGAGCCGCGCCUGAGAAGGCGAGGGCUGCGGGCGGACGCUGCCGGCGCCCCGUGCCCGCCGGCCGCUGGAACGCCCAGAGCCGCUCGCCCAGGGCCAGCCCGGACGCCCCUCAGCCUCCACGUUGGGCUCGAUUCCUUGGCGGCCGCUGCGCUGGCCGGCUCCCUCCGGGAGGGAGCGGGGCAACCUUGACGUGCUUUUUGUCUCGUGCCCUGGCCGCUUUUCGCGUCGUCCUCCUCCAGAUGCCUUUCUUCUGCCCCUCCUCUCCGGGUGCAGACACUGCCAGCGCCGGCUGCGGCUCUGCGCGGGAUUUGGGCUGGUUUCCCCUGGGGGGUUUUGAGGAGGGAGAGUCCUUCCCCCUCUUCGAUGGGAUUUUCCUCCCUUGCCGAAAUGGACUUUCAUUGAUUUCGUCCUCCUACGUUUAGUGACCAAUUCCCUAGGCGUAUUUGUGGUACUUCCCUUUUUACCCCUUUCCGAAUAUAUAAUCUGUAAAAUGGAGAACGAAAUCUUCACUCCCCUUCUGGAGCAGUUCAUGACCAGCCCCUUGGUCACCUGGGUUAAAACGUUUGGACCCCUGGCUGCAGGAAAUGGGACCAACCUGGAUGAAUAUGUGGCUUUGGUGGAUGGGGUGUUCUUGAACCAGGUCAUGCUCCAAAUCAAUCCUAAAUCAGAGAGUCAGAGAGUAAAUAAAAAAGUCAACAAUGAUGCUUCACUUAGAAUUCAUAAUCUAUCCAUUUUGGUGAAACAGAUAAAGUUUUAUUAUCAGGAGACUUUGCAGCAGCUGAUUAUGAUGUCAUUGCCAAAUGUCUUAAUCAUUGGCAAAAAUCCCUUUUCUGAACAAGGCACAGAAGAAGUUAAAAAGUUGCUUUUACUCUUACUGGGUUGUGCAGUUCAGUGUCAGAAAAAGGAAGAAUUUAUUGAACGAAUUCAAGGUUUAGAUUUUGAUACAAAAGCAGCAGUUGCCGCUCAUAUUCAAGAGGUAACUCAUAAUCAGGAAAAUGUAUUUGAUCUGCAAUGGAUGGAGGUGCCAGACAUGUCUCAGGAAGAUAUAGAACCACUCCUGAAGAAUAUGGCAUCACAUCUAAAAAGACUGAUAGAUGAGAGAGAUGAACAUUCAGAGACUAUUGUAGAGCUUUCUGAAGAGCGAGAUGGUCUUCAUUUUCUACCACAUGCCUCUUCGACCGCACAGUCACCCUGUGGUUCUCCUGGCAUGAAGCGAACAGAAAGUCGACAGCACCUCUCAGUGGAACUGGCUGAUGCUAAGGCCAAGAUCCGAAGACUAAGGCAGGAAUUGGAAGAAAAGACUGAACAGUUAUUGGACUGUAAACAAGAACUUGAACAAAUAGAAAUGGAAUUGAAGAGGCUUCAACAAGAGAACAUGAAUUUGCUGUCAGAUGCUCGAUCUGCUCGAAUGUACCGAGAUGAAUUGGAUGCACUUCGAGAGAAGGCAGUCCGAGUGGAUAAGCUUGAAAGUGAACUCAGCAGAUACAAAGAGAGACUUCAUGACAUUGAAUUUUAUAAGGCAAGAGUUGAGGAAUUAAAAGAAGAUAAUCAAGUUUUAUUAGAAACAAAAACCAUGUUGGAAGACCAACUAGAAGGAACUCGAGCUCGUUCUGACAAAUUACAUGAACUAGAAAAAGAGAAUUUACAACUAAAGGCUAAAUUGCAUGAUAUGGAAAUGGAACGAGAUAUGGAUAGAAAGAAGAUUGAAGAAUUAAUGGAAGAAAAUAUGACUUUGGAAAUGGCACAGAAACAAAGUAUGGAUGAGUCAUUACAUCUUGGCUGGGAACUAGAACAAAUAUCCAGAACUAGUGAACUUGCUGAAGCACCACAGAAAUCCUUGGGCCAUGAGGUAAAUGAAUUGACAUCCAGUAAGUUAUUAAAGUUGGAGAUGGAAAACCAAAGUUUGACAAAAACUGUAGAAGAGCUUCGGAGUACUAUGGACUCUGCAGAAGGCAGCACUUCCAAAAUCCUAAAAAUUGAAAAAGAAAACCAGAGACUGAAUAAAAAGGUUGAAAUUCUUGAAAAUGAAAUUAUUCAAGAAAAGCAAAGUCUUCAGAAUUGUCAAAAUUUAAGCAAGGAUCUGAUGAAGGAAAAAGCUCAGCUUGAAAAAACAAUUGAAACACUCAGAGAAAAUUCAGAGAGGCAGAUUAAAAUAUUGGAGCAGGAAAAUGAACAUCUGAAUCAAACUGUAUCUUCCUUACGACAGCGCUCCCAGAUUAGUGCUGAGGCAAGGGUGAAAGACAUUGAAAAAGAAAAUAAAAUUCUCCAUGAAUCUAUCAAAGAAACAAGUGGAAAACUAAGCAAGGUUGAAUUUGAAAAAAGACAAAUGAAAAAAGAAUUGGAGCAUUAUAAAGAGAAAGGAGAGCGAGCAGAAGAACUGGAAAGUGAGUUGCAUCAUCUUGGAAAAGAAAAUGAAUUGUUACAGAAGAAGGUAACUAAUUUAAAGAUUACUUGUGAAAAAAUUGAGGCAUUAGAACAAGAAAAUUCUGAGCUAGAAAGAGAAAAUAGAAAAUUUAAAAAAACUUUGGAUAGCUUUAAAAACCUUACUUUUCAGUUAGAAUCCCUAGAAAAGGAGAAUUCCCAACUUGAUGAGGAAAACUUAGAGCUGCGAAGGAGUGUGGAGUCUUUGAAGUGUGCAAGCAUGAAAAUGGCGCAGCUCCAGCUGGAGAACAAGGAGCUGGAGCGUGAGAAGGAGCAGCUCAAGAAGGGCCUGGAGCUCAUGAAAGCCUCCUUCAAGAAGACAGAGCGCUUGGAAGUGAGCUACCAGGGGCUUGACACAGAAAACCACAGGCUACAGAAAGCUCUAGAAAAUAGCAAUAAAAAAAUCCAACAGUUAGAGAGUGAGCUACAAGACUUAGAGAUGGAAAAUCAAACAUUACAAAAAAACCUGGAAGAACUGAAAAUUUCUAGCAAAAGACUUGAACAAUUAGAAAAAGAAAAUAAAUCAUUAGAACAGGAGACUUCUCAACUCGAAAAGGACAAGAAACAAUUGGAGAAGGAAAAUAAGAGACUCCGACAACAAGCAGAAAUAAAAGAUACAACACUAGAAGAAAAUAAUGUGAAAAUUGGAAAUUUGGAAAAAGAAAACAAAACGUUAUUUAAAGAAAUCAAUAUAUAUAAAGAGUCCUGUGUUCGUCUGAAAGAACUAGAAAAAGAAAACAAGGAGCUUGUGAAAAGAGCAACUAUUGAUAUUAAAACUUUGGUUACAUUACGUGAGGACUUAGUAAGUGAAAAAUUGAAGACGCAACAAAUGAACAAUGAUCUCGAAAAGUUAACACAUGAGCUUGAGAAGAUGGGUUUAAAUAAAGAGCGACUCUUACAUGACGAGCAAAGUACUGAUGACAGUAGGUACAAACUUUUGGAGUCAAAAUUAGAAUCCACUCUUAAGAAGUCCCUUGAAAUAAAAGAAGAAAAAAUUGCUGCUUUAGAAGCUCGGUUGGAAGAGUCUACAAAUUACAAUCAACAGUUGCGCCAAGAACUAAAAACAGUGAAAAAAAAUUAUGAAGCUCUCAAACAGAGACAAGAUGAGGAAAAGUUGGUGCAGAGUUCCCCUCCUGUUUCUGGGGAAGAUAAUAAAUGGGAGCGAGAAAGUCAAGAGACGACCAGAGAACUCCUGAAAGUUAAAGACAGGUUAAUCGAAGUAGAAAGAAACAAUGCCACCUUGCAGGCAGAAAAGCAGGCGCUGAAGACUCAGCUGAAGCAGCUCGAGACGCAGAACAGCAACUUGCAGGCCCAGAUUCUUGCACUUCAGAGGCAGACCGCGUCAUUGCAGGAGCAGAACACCACUCUUCAGACACAGAAUGCCAAACUUCAGGUUGAAAAUUCCACCCUUAAUUCACAAAGUACUUCACUUAUGAACCAGAAUGCACAGCUUCUAAUCCAACAGUCUUCCUUAGAAAAUGAAAAUGAAUCUAUAAUCAAAGAACGAGAAGACUUGAAAUCUCUUUAUGAUUCUCUGAUAAAAGAUCAUGAAAAGCUGGAACUUCUUCAUGAACGGCAGGCUUCAGACUAUGAAUCUCUCAUCUCUAAACAUGGAACCCUAAAGUCUGCCCACAAGAAUCUUGAGGUGGAACAUAAAGACCUUGAAGACCGUUACAAUCAGUUAUUAAAACAGAAAGGACAAUUGGAAGAUUUGGAAAAAAUGAUCAAAAUGGAACAAGAAAAAAUGCUGCUUGAAAGCAAAAACCAUGAGAUGGUAGCUGCGGAAUACAAGAAACUUUGUGGUGAAAAUGAUAGGUUAAAUCAUACAUAUUGUCAACUUUUAAAAGAAACUGAAAUUUUACAAACUGACCAUAAAAAUUUGAAAAGUCUAUUAAAUAAUUCUAAAUUGGAACAAACAAGAUUAGAAGCUGAAUUUUCAAAGCUAAAGGAGCAGUACCAGCAGCUGGAUAUCACAUCUACCAAGCUAAACAACCAGUGUGAGUUGCUUAGCCAACUUAAAGGAAACUUAGAAGAAGAAAAUCGUCACCUGUUGGAUCAGAUCCAGACACUGAUGCUACAGAACAGAACGCUGCUGGAGCAAAACAUGGAGAGCAAGGAUCUCUUUCAUGUUGAACAAAGACAGUACAUUGAUAAAUUAAAUGAAUUGAGACGACAAAAAGAGAAAUUAGAAGAGAAAAUUAUGGACCAAUACAAAUUUUAUGACCCAUCUCCUCCUAGAAGGAGAGGCAACUGGAUUACUCUAAAAAUGAGAAAAUUGAUAAAGUCCAAGAAAGAUAUUAAUCGGGAACGUCAGAAAUCUCUAACAUUAACGCCUACCCGCUCAGACUCCAGUGAAGGAUUUCUUCAGCUGCCUCAUCAAGACAGUCAAGAUAGCUCUUCAGUAGGGUCAAACUCUUUAGAAGAUGGCCAAACCCUGGGGACCAAGAAGAGCAGCAUGGUUGCACUGAAAAGACUGCCCUUUUUGAGGAACAGACCGAAGGAUAAAGACAAAAUGAAGGCCUGCUACCGUCGUUCCAUGUCCAUGAAUGACCUGGUGCAGUCCAUGGUCCUAGCAGGAGGACAGUGGACAGGUAGUACUGAGAAUUUGGAGGUCCCUGAUGAUAUUUCAACGGGUAAAAGGAGAAAAGAAUUGGGAGCUAUGGCCUUCUCCACUACUGCCAUCAACUUUUCAACUGUCAACUCUUCUGCAGCCUUCAGACCCAAGCAGUUGGUUAAUAAUAAAGAUACUACAUCCUUUGAAGACGUAAGUCCACAGGGUAUUAGUGAUGAUUCUAGUACGGGAUCAAGAGUUCAUGCUUCAAGACCAGCCAGCCUUGAUAGUGGCAGAACGUCCACUAGCAAUAGCAAUAAUAAUGCUUCACACCAUGAAGUCAAAGCAGGUGCAGUUAAUAACCAAAACAGGCCACAAAGCCACAGCAGUGGAGAAUUUAGUCUGCUUCAUGAUCAUGAGACUUGGUCCAGCAGUGGUAGCAGUCCAAUCCAGUAUUUGAAAAGACAGACCAGGUCAAGCCCUAUGCUCCAGCACAAAAUGUCGGCAACAGUAGAAAGUGGAGCACAUCACAAGAUUAAAGCUGGCUCCCCAGGAAGUGAAGUUGUUACCCUACAACAGUUUUUGGAAGAAAGCAACAAGCUUACCUCAAUACAGUUGAAGUCCUCAAGUCAAGAAAAUCUUUUAGAUGAAGUCAUGAAAAGUUUGUCUGUCUCUUCCGACUUUCUGGGAAAAGACAAGCCAGUUAGCUGUGCCCUGGCCAGGUCAGUAAGUGGAAAAACUCCAGGGGACUUCUGUGAUAGACGGACAACUAAACCUGAAUUUUUGAGACCUGGUCCUCGAAAGACUGAAGAUGCCUACUCCAUUAGUUCUGCAGGGAAACCUACACCAAGUACUCAAGGAAAGGUAAAACUAGUAAAAGAAACCUCUGUGUCAAGACAAUCAAAAGAUAGCAAUCCUUAUGCCACUUUACCUCGCGCAAGCAGUGUCAUCUCUACUGCUGAAGGAACAACACGAAGGACCAGCAUCCAUGACUUUCUGACCAAGGACAGUAGACUGCCUGUGUCAGGUGACUCAGCACCACCUACUGCUGAUAGCAGCGUCACUGCAGCAUCUAGUGAGUACCAUUUACAGCAGUGGUCUUCGGAUGUGCCAACACAUGCUGCAGGGCAUCGGGCCCCAGAUGAUUUAGCUGCAGACACAUCUGAGUCUCUCUAUACCCAGGCUAGAAAAUCAAAACCAGGAAGGCCACAUUUUCUAAACCAAACUUUUGCCACCGUUAAAAUGUCUAAUGAUGCAUUUGGAAUAUUGGCUAACGAUAGCCGUAGGUCAUUUCCUGUAGUUCAUUCAUCUCAUCCAUUUCUAUCCCUGAACACAGAAUUGGUUAGUAACAUAAGUGGGUUACCUUCCAAGUCACUCACUAGAGUAACUGACCAGGCCUCCUCCUCUUGGGGUGAGGCUACACAGAAACAUGAGGAGUUUUGUGACAGUCGGAACCCUAGUGACAGUAGCCCACAGUCCUCUGGAGGUAGCAACAGUCUUACUACCCCUGCAUGCCUCUACCCUGAGGACACGGGAGUUGCAUUAUCAAUUUCAGAGGAUAGUCAAACUGUUUGGUAUGAAUAUGGUUGUGUUUGAUCAAAACUGCAUAAUAUGUUGAUGUUAUUUGCUAGGUUUAUAUUUUUAAGAUUGUUACAUAGAGUUCAGCUGUAUAAAAAGGCAUGUAUAUAAUCAUGAAUGUGUAACCACACCAAAGUCUGCAUGAAAUAGUAAUUACAUUGUACAUUUUUGCAUGCCUUUAAAGAUCCAACCAUACGUGUUUUUCUUUCACAUCUUUUGUCACUUGAUAAAGAUGAUAACGAUACUUUGAUAUCAUGAAGCAUGUAAAAAUAGUUGCAUGUUCUGUUACCAAGAAAGCAUAUCCAAGUCAUUGUUUGGCUGCUUCUAGAAAGAGUGUUCAGUUGCUCUUCCUGCCUCCUCUCUCUUAUUUCCUGAAUGUGCACUUCAUGUUGCAUAUGUACAGUAUUAAUAAUGGAAAUGUUUUUGAAAAUGUCAUCUUUUUGUCACUUAAUCAUGUUACCAGUCCUGUUCUCUUUUCAAAGAAAUAAUUAAUAAUUCAAUUUAACUUGAACUAAUGCUCACAUUUAUAAAACAUUGUUCAAAUUUAAAAUAUUUUUUUAUUCAUAAAUGUGUUAUUCCUAAAAUUUUUCAUCAAACUUAAAUGUGGUUUCCACAGUUAUUAGGAGCAUUCAUUUAUGUUAUAACUCUCUUCUUGGUGCUGUUCUUUUUCUGAUAAACACAAUAGCUCAAGACAACUAUUUUUUUGGAAUCUUUUAACAAAUUUUUUCCCAGUUUUUUUACAUAUGCGUCAAAGAAAAAUAAAUCAAGUUACCUAUUAUCUUGGGAUUUGCAUUUUUACGUCUAUUCAGAAAGAUAGCAACUUUUUUAAGUGAUGAAAAAUUUAAUUUGUCAUUAAUUUAUUAUUAAAUUGAAUAUGUAUAUCUUCAAUGUAGACUCUUUAAAAGUUAAUAUAUUGUACUAGAGUAUAAAAUUAGGACUUGUGAGCAUAAAAAUUAAAAAAGUAUGUAGUCUUUAUUCUAAAAUUUGUUGUAAUAAAAACAUAGUCUGGGGCUGAAGAAAUGACUCAGCUGUUGAGAGGACCCGGGUUCAC